UAACGGUCAACUUUAGUUGAGAUAACUGUUAACGUGUAUGACAUUAGAGUCGGUGCACGCUGUUGUUAAGCUCGUGUGUGUUUGAAGUGUGUACGCGCGCGGGUGGUUGCGCUGAGGAAGAUGGCGGCGGCUUCUUCAGUGAUCAGAUUAAGCCGUAGCUGUUAAUUCUUUUUCAUCUCAACCAGUGUGUUUCACUUCUCUUUCUGUUUAUUUGUUUGUGUUCGAUCGUUUGUGUUGUGUUGUGUUGUGCUGCGCUGCUGUUGUGGUGAUGUCGGACUCAGAGGAGGAGAUUCAGGAGCGACAACUGAAGAUCGUGCUGCUAGGAGACGGAGCGUCUGGAAAGACAUCUCUCUCCACCCGCUUCGCACAAGAGGCUUUUGGGAAACAGUAUAAACAGACGAUUGGGCUGGACUUCUUCCUCAAGAGAAUCACUCUGCCAGGGAAUCUGAAUGUGACGCUACAGGUGUGGGACAUUGGAGGACAGACGAUUGGAGGAAAAAUGCUUGACAAGUACAUCUAUGGAGCACAGUUGACCUAGAACACAUGAGGACAGUAAAGAUGGAAAAGCAUCAGCGGUUCUGUCAGGAGAAUGGACUCAUGAGUCAGUUUGUGUCUGCCAAGACUGGAGACUCU